AUGCAGCACCCAAUAGUCCAACAACAGCACCAGCAACCAGUACGGAUGAGAUCUUCGGUAUGCCCGGAUGAUACAGAAAUAUACAAUGUGCAGGACUCUGAGCGUGGUGGCGAGAUCGACAAUGUCCAAUCCCGACAAGCACGGCAACCGGAAGGAGGACAAAAGCAAACUGGACCUGUUUCAACUUUUGCUGGACGGCCUUUUGGGAGCUCACCUGCAAUACGACAAGGGCAGUCGUCGGAUCAUUGUGGGCAGCGACAGUCUCUGAAUAUCUCAGCUCAGUUGACUAGCGAAAGGACAAGUGCUGCGAUUCACCAGCAUCCAUACGAGCACACUCCCGAAUGGUGUUCACAAGUGCAUCAUAAAGGUCAGAUUAGAAGUCAGAGUUCAUAUCAUAAUCUACAACAAACACAAUCUCAACCACCUCAGGCAGCUCCCAACAGACAAAAUUCCAAUGGUUAUAGUGGGGGUCACUUACACACAGGACACAAUCAUGUUCAGCGGCAUCAUAGCAUGGGUCAACAACAGAAGCGAGAGGUGAUGUCACUCAAUCAGGAUCAGGUCCAGGCAUACGCUCAGCAGAACUUCGCUCAACCAGAACAUAUGCACUCGAACCCACAUCAGCACAGACAACGGACCUUUCAUCACGCACCAAUGCGACAGCGCCAACGUGUACCUCAUGUUCCACUGUCUGUCUCAGUAUCUGAGAAACCGAUGCAGAAGCGCAAGGUUGCGCCCACUAGCUCUUCUGAGCAGAGCUCAUCAGAGUCAUUUGAUGAUGUACGUCCGCACCAAACACAGUACGCUGCUACUGGCGUUGUUGGGGCAAACAUGCCACGCCACCUACAGUUUAAACGUGGAAUAGAACAUAGGGAAAAUGAAUUUUCUAGGCAUGUUGGCACUACUGACGCUGUGUUAGAUCAAAGGGGCAGUACUCGAACUGGAACGCUACCGUGUAGCUGUGGCCAAAGCAAUGGCACGGGUCUACAACAGUCCAUACACAUGAUACCGAACUCGAACGGUCACAACAUGUGUUCAACUGAGCAAGUACCCUUACGACAGAGUGAAGGUGAUGGAGCUAAUUGCAGAAUUAUAGGUGGUAGCAUAAGCACUGAAGUGCCAAGUGGUUCGGGUUCAGGUUCAGGCUCAGGCAACGAUAAUAAUAAUGAACAUGCUUCGAGCCAAGUAAAAUUUCAGAGAUUGAAUGGUCCACACAAAAUUCAAGAGACUUCGAAUCAACAGCGGAGUGAAUCGAGUGGAAUGCCUGGGGAUGUGAACAGCCAAACGCAGGCCAUGAAACUUCAAGCCAAUGCAGGUAGCGGGAUGAAUCCAAAUCUUUAUUUUGGUGGAAAUGGUGGUGGCUCUAGUACUGAACGACAGAGCGGGUCAAAUGGAAGCAACAGUGACGAGCAAGAGCGUACCAAUACACAGCCCCGAGUAACGAGCAUGGGAAACUACUUUAUGCAGACUUUGAGUAGAGAUGCGCGAGUUAGCGAAGAGCAGACUGCAUCUGCAGGCAGUAACAGUGAAGAACAAAAGAUACAGACAUGCCAACAUAAUUUGGCGUACAAUCGACAGCAAACAUGUACCUGUAAUCAUUCAAUGAAUACUCAGCCAAAAUCCAAUACGGAGAGUAUGCAGCACGAGAUGGUCAUGGGGAUGGACAGCUCUGCGCAGCGUACGGGUUCAGCAAGGCAAGAAGUACAGCAGUGGCAGGCUUCAUCUUCUAAUCGUGGAGGAGGGGCAUUUCCCAUACGUACUGGGUUUACUGCCAAGGAUGAUGCUAGUGGACAGCUAGACGUCCAGAGACAACCGGCGCGGACCAAAAGGCGAUCUCCGGGACCUGAUCAACCAACUCAUGAUCAUGAUCAGGUUCAUCAUCAGCAAUGUCACGUUCAGUCUCACAUUCAACAGUUCCGCUUUCCGGAUAUGUUUGUCUCAACGGCAUCAGAUGGACGUAGUGGUGAGAGCCAGCAAACUCUCCAUGGUGGAAAGGGCGAGUGUGCCAGGGGACCGUUUGCACCACUUCAUAAUAGUGAACCUAAAACAGCUGGUCCGAAUGCCACUGCGAAUAGCAACAGUGUGAAUACUUUGCAAGGCGAUAGAGCCAUGUUACCUAACCAAGACUUGUUCCAGGAGAUGUAUCAGCAUCGUCAACAUCAUAAUGAAUGUCAAUGUCAACAACAAGAACAACAUCAGCAUCAACAUCAACAACAUCAAGAACAACAUCAACAUCAACAUCAACAACAUCAACAUCAACAGCUUCAUCGAGGUAUAAAUCAAGUGAUGUCUCGGCCCCCGCCACGUGCUAUCUCUGCCCCCGGCGCUGCCGGCGGCAGGGAUAUUUCAAGAUCGGACUCUACAAAUUCGGAUAGUUUUGAAUCUGGUUGGAGUGCGAGUAUCGAGAUGGGAUACAACCCGACAAGCAGCGGCAAUUUAAACCAGCAGAUGGGACCUAGCCAGAGCCAAAUCAAAUUUGCCGGAGGGCCGCAGGAGCGCCAACAUGUCAUUAUGUAUCACGGAUCUGUGCCGAAUGGAACUAGGAUUGCAAACGGGAAUAAAACAGCGAGUGUAUAUGCAAACAAUACGCAAGAGCGAGCUCGGGAUGGAGAUUUCACAGACUUGCAAACGACCAGUCAAGGCAGUACAUCCGAGGAGGGACUGAGUUCUUCUGAAGAUGGUUUCAAAUUACAGUCUGAACUGCAGCAGCAGGCGCAAAAUCAGAACCAGCAACAAUCUCAAUCUCAAUCUCAAUCUCGAAAUAUGGUUCUUGAUGGCAAUGGUGGCGCACAUGUGGGACAUCAAGCGCAACAACGUGAGGGGUUAAGUAGUGGUACCUGUGUGCCCAUCCCAAAUGACAAUUUGAACACAGCUGUUGAGUCGCACGAGGUAUCAAAUCGUGGCGAAGCUCAUUUACAAACUAACAACGGCCAGAAUAUUUGCUUGUCAGCGUCGAUGGAUCCAUCGCAAAGGACUAGGAAUAUGUAUAACAAUUCAGCAACUGUUCAGGAGCAACAGUUGUCCCAGGAGGCUUCUAUGCACCAGCAUUAUCAGCCUCAACAACAGCGUCAUCAAGAACAGCGACGCCAGCAACAUCAGAAUGUCAAUCAGAGAGGAGCUCAUGGUCCCCCGCCACCUGCCGCGGCCGUCGAUGGCGGCGGUGGUGGUGGGAAUAUGUCGAGUUCUGAUGUCACUAACUCGGACACUUUCGAAUCUAGUUCAAGUGGGAGCGCGAGCAUGCAAUACAACACUGAGACUAGCGGAAAUCGUGAUCAACAGUCAAUUCCCAGUCAGAACCAAAGGCACUACGCUGAAGGACUUGUGGAACGACAGAAUACCAGUUUCUAUUCCGAACCUCCUCAAGCUCGAAAUGGGGAGUUCGAAGAUAUGCAGAAAACAAGCAAUAGCCAAACGUCGGAGGAAGUCCCUGUAUCUUCGGAAGCUAGUACCGAUUCGCAGUUGAAGAAAGAGCAGCCGAGACUUCAGUGUCAGCUUCAGAAGUUAGUGGACACACAAGACCAAGUGAGCACGGAAGUACAAGAAGACUCCAGUACGGGGGAAGAUCGUUCACAAACCACUGACGAGAUGACGGUAGAUUCGAAACGUGCUCAGCAGUCUGACAAGGCAGACGUUUCCCAAAUGGAGCUGAAUAACCCGAAUUCAAGGACCCUUCCGACUAGUAACACUAUGUCAACUACUGGUUCAAGCGACGGCUCCAGUUCUCAGGGUGCGAGCAAUACACCUACGACGAUGGAGGAAGAUAACAACGCAACAGACACUGGUAAGAACAAGUUGGCAUCUGAAAAGCCCUGGAAGGAGAGUGAUGGCGUUGCAUCUGCAAGCACAAACACUGGUGAUGACAGCUCAAAUAAAGUUGAAAAAUCAGAGGCUGCGGAAAACACCUCCACGAAAAUCGCAGGCUCCAGAGUGCAUGCCUGUACCUGGGAAGGUUGUUCGAAAUCGUUCUUAAGGUUGGACCAUUUUCGCAGACACAUGAAGACACAUACUGGACAGAAGCCGUUUGCGUGUACGUGGGAAGGCUGUGACAAGAGAUUUAAUCAAACUAACAACUUGACUAGACAUCUGAAGACACACACUGGCGAGAAACCGUAUCUGUGCCCUUGGGAAGGUUGCAACAAGCGUUUAGGCGAAGCUAGUAAUUUAACUAGGCAUUUACGGUUGCAUACCGGUCGAAAGCCCUUCCCCUGUACUUGGGAAGGGUGUGGUAAAAGCUUUGCGGAUGCGAGCUAUCUGUCUGCGCAUAUGCGAGUACAUGCCAGGAGUGGAGUGUUUAAGUGCACGUGGGAAGGAUGCGAAAAGACCUUCGCAGCGCCGAGUUAUGUUCGGCGACAUCUCAGAACACACACGAACGAACAGCCAUAUGAGUGUCAGACCUGUGGUAAGCGUUUUAAUCAGGGCAGUAACCUGAGUAGACAUAUGCGCACGCAUAAGGCGGGGGAUGGAUCUAGCGUUGCCACGAAAUCGGCAUCGUCGGGCUCCAAGUCUGAGCUCACGGACACUCCGCGUGAUUCAGCGAAAGGCACUGUUCAUCGAGUGAAGAAGGGAAAGGCUAAACCCAAAGUCAAAGUUUAAGAUCCCUAGCCCUGUAAACCGAGAUGUAAAAUUUGAAUGGAAAUAGUAUGAGCAAAUUCAAAAGCGAAAGAAUUAUACAAUUAGAUUUAGUACGUCGAUCAGGC